UCUUCCAUAUGGAGGGACCGGGUGCGCUGGGCGCGGCGUCCCCUGCCUUGUCCUCCUGCUGCCGCCGCCGCCGCGACCCCAGCUUCCUGCCGCAGAGACCCUGAGCCCCGGCCCGCCGGUGUCAGCAGCGGCGCGCGCGCACACGCACACUCACCCUUACACACACACGCACACACACACACACACUCACGCCCGCCACAGCCGCACACAGCCGCACGCGCCCGCGCGCGCCCUCCCUCCCCGGCCGGCAACUUCUCGGGCCAGGGCUCCUUUGUUGCUCCUGCGGCGGCCGCUCUCCCGUUUCGUUAGCCCCUGGGUGUCACUGUGCGGGUUGUGUGUCCGUACUGCGCGGUGCCGUGUGGCUCCCUCCGCGCCCACCGCGCCGGCCCUCGGGCCCCGCUCGCCCUUCCCAGGAGCCGCUGCACCAGAGUCCCAGCACAAACUUCCUGGAACCCAUGACCCAUGAAGUCUUGUCAGCACUUACACCAUCUGAGGGUAGCAGCAAUGAAGUAGAAGAAGCAGCAGAGCGGUGCGGGGGAUCGUAGUACCUCUUGGAGUGACUCCGCUGGCUUAUGGGACGUUGGCUUGGACCCUUUGUGACACCGUGCUACAUGGGACGAUGACAACUCAGAGAGAAAAAAGGCCCGAGGUCACCCUCGCUUGCCUCCUCUUAGCCGCAGCAGGCUGCUUUGCCAACUUGAACCAGGUCCCUCAGGUCACUGUACAGCCUUCUUCCACGGUCCAGAAGCUCGGAGGAACGGUGAUCCUGGGCUGCGUCGUGGAGCCCCCGUGGAUGAACACCACCUGGCGCCUGAACGGGAAGGAGCUGAAUGGCUCAGAUGAUGCUCUGGGCAUCCUCAUCACCCGCGGGACCCUCGUCAUCACCGCCCUCAGCAAACACACCGUGGGACGGUACCAGUGUGUGGCCCGGAUGCCUGCAGGAGCCGUGGCCAGCGUGCCAGCCACUGUGACGCUAGCCAACCUCCAGGACUUCAAGUUGGACGUGCAGCAUGUGAUUGAAGUAGAUGAGGGGAACACAGCAGUCAUUGCCUGCCACCUUCCUGAGAGCCACCCAAAAGCCCAGGUCCGAUACAGUGUCAAACAAGAGUGGCUAGAGGCAUCUAGAGAUAACUACCUGAUCAUGCCGUCGGGAAACCUCCAGAUUGUGAACGCGAGCCAGGAGGAUGAGGGAAUGUACAAGUGUGCUGCCUACAACCCAGUGACCCAGGAAGUGAAAACCUCGGGCUCCAGUGACAGGCUCCGCGUGCGCCGUUCCACUGCCGAGGCUGCUCGCAUCAUCUACCCGCCAGAGGCCCAGACCAUCAUCGUCACCAAGGGCCAGAGUCUGAUCCUGGAGUGUGUGGCCAGUGGGAUCCCACCCCCACGGGUCACCUGGGCCAAGGAUGGGUCCAGUGUCGCCGGCUACAACAAGACACGCUUCCUUCUGAGCAACCUCCUCAUCGACGCCACAAGUGAGGAGGACUCAGGGACUUACCGCUGCAUGGCCGACAACGGGGUUGGGGAGCCUGGUGCAGCAGUCAUCCUUUAUAACGUCCAAGUAUUUGAACCCCCUGAGGUCACCAUGGAGCUGUCCCAGCUGAUCAUCCCAUGGGGCCAGAGUGCCAAGCUCACCUGUGAGGUGCGUGGGAAGCCCCCGCCCUCUGUGCUAUGGCUGAGGAAUGCCGUGCCCCUUGCCUCUAGCCCGCGCCUCCGACUGUCUCGCGGGGCCCUGCGGGUGGUCAGCGUAGGGCCUGAGGACGAAGGCGUCUACCAGUGCAUGGCUGAGAACGAAGUUGGGAGCGCCCAUGCCGUGGUCCAGCUGAGGACCGCCAGGCCAGGUACAACCCUGAGGCCAUGGCAGGACGCUAAGCUGGACACUGCCACCCCUUCCAUGCUGCCCUCCAGACCUGGAAGCCCUGACCAGAUGCUAAGGGGGAGCCCAGGGCUCCCAAAGCCCCUGACAUCAGUGCAGCCAGCUUCCCCACAGUGCCCCGGAGAGAAGGGGCAGGUGGCUCCUGCCGAGGCGCCCAUCAUCCUUAGCUCACCCCGGACCUCCAAGACGGACUCCUAUGAGCUGGUGUGGCGGCCUCGGCACGAGGGUGGCGGCCAGGCGCCAAUCCUCUACUACGUGGUGAAACACCGCAAGGUCACAAACUCCUCUGACAAUUGGACCGUCUCCAGCAUUGCAGCCAGCCAGCACCGCCUGACCCUCACCAGACUCGACCCUGGGAGUUUGUAUGAAGUGGAGAUGGCAGCUUACAACUGCGGAGGCGAAGGCCAGACAGCCAUGGUCACCUUCCGAACUGGACGGCGGCCCAAACCUGACGUCAUGGCCAGCAAGGAGCAGCAGAUCCAGAGAGACGACCCUGGAGCCAGCCCCCAGAGCAGCAGUCAGCCAGACCACGGCCGCCUCUCUCCCCCUGAAGCUCCAGACAGGCCCACUAUCUCCAUGGCCUCUGAGACAUCAGUGUAUGUGACCUGGAUUCCCCGUGGGAAUGGUGGCUUCCCAAUCCAGUCCUUCCGUGUGGAGUACAAGAAGCUAAAGAAAGUGGGGGACUGGAUUCUGGCCACCAGUGCCAUCCCUCCUUCCCGGCUCUCAGUGGAGAUCACUGGCCUAGAGAAAGGCACCUCCUACAAGUUCCGUGUCAGAGCUCUGAACAUGCUGGGGGAGAGUGAGCCCAGCGCCCCCUCCCGGCCGUAUGUGGUGUCGAGCUAUAGUGGCCGUGUGUACGAGAGGCCUGUGGCUGGCCCUUACAUCACCUUCACUGAUGCUGUCAACGAGACCACCAUCAUGCUCAAGUGGAUGUAUAUACCAGCAAGUAACAACAACACCCCAAUCCAUGGCUUUUAUAUCUAUUAUCGACCCACAGACAGUGACAAUGAUAGUGACUACAAGAAGGAUAUGGUGGAAGGGGAUCGAUACUGGCAUUCCAUCAGCCACCUGCAGCCAGAGACCUCCUACGACAUUAAGAUGCAGUGCUUCAAUGAGGGCGGGGAGAGUGAGUUCAGCAACGUGAUGAUCUGCGAAACCAAAGCCCGGAAGUCUUCUGGUCAGCCUGGUCGGCUCCCACCCCCAACUCUGGCCCCACCUCAGCUGCCACCCCCGGAAACCGCAGAGCGGCCUGUGGGCACCGGGGCCAUGGUGGCACGCUCCAGCGACCUGCCCUACCUGAUUGUUGGGGUCGUCCUAGGCUCCAUCGUCCUCAUCAUUGUCGCCUUCAUCCCCUUCUGUUUGUGGAGGGCCUGGUCUAAGCAAAAACAUACCACAGACCUGGGUUUUCCUCGAAGUGCCCUUCUGUCCUCCUCCUGCCAAUACACUAUGGUACCACUGGGAAGAGUCCCAGGCCACCAGGCCAAUGGGCAGCCCUACCUCAGUGGCACCAGUAGCCGGGCCUGUGCCAAUGGGAUCCACGGGAGCAGGGGCUGCCCUGCAGCUGCCCUGGGCUACCCAGGCAUGAAAGCUCAGCAGCACUGCCCAGGGGUGCUUCAGCAGCAGGAAGACACCAGCGGCCCGCUAACGCAGACCAUUCUUGACACCGGAUAUGACCCCCCCAGUCACCAGAUUCCCAGGGGUCCCAAGUCUAGCCCAGACGAGGGCUCUUUCUUAUAUACACUGCCUGAUGACUCAACUCACCUGCUGCUCCAGCCCCACCAAGACUGCCGCCGCCUCCAGGAGCAGCCCGCCGCCACAGGCCAGUCAGGCGCAAGGGACGUACCCCAGAGCCCUGGGCUGGAAGCCGCCUGGGACCCUCUUUUUCACCGAGGGCCGCUGUGCUGCUUGGGCCUCGUACCGGUUGAAGAGGUGGACAGGCCUAAUUCCUGCCAAGUGGGUGGAGGAGACUGGUGUUCCCAGCACCCCGCAGGGGCCUACAUAGGGCAGGAACUUGGGAUGCAGCUCUCCCCCAGCUCACCAGUGCAUGUAGCUUUUGAAACACCACCUCCUACAAUUUAGGCAGAAACCAAUAUCCCAGAAAGACUAUAUAUUGUUUUUAAAAAGAGAAAAUUGGUAUUUAUUUUUCUAUAAUAGCCAUAUUUAUAUAUUUAUGCACUUGUAAAUAAAUGUAUAUGUGUUUUUAUAAUUCUGGAGAGACACAGAGAAUCCUACCCAUUGAGGUUUGAGGGGGAAAUCAAAGAAGCCCCCGUAACAGGAUUCCACCUGGCAAUGUAACACAGACUGAGGCGGCAGCCCUUCACUGAGCACCUCUGCCACCACCCAGGAGGCCGCACAAGGCCCCCAGAGAAGCUGCUGAGAGGACGAAUCUUAGGCACACUGUCCAUGACCAAUGAUGAGGGAAAAGCAAGGGCCCCGUCACAGGCUGGAGACACUCGUGAAGACGGCUGGACCGGGUACUACAGGAGACGUUUUCAGAAGAUGCUCAUGAGAAUAGACUAAGAUGUGUACAGUCCUAUAAGUAUUAACAAACCUUCCAGAAUCAAUAAUCUGUGGCAACCUAUCUCUGUAAAAACAAACACUGUAACUUCUAAAUAAAUGUUUAGUCU